ACGCGGCUCAUCCGCUCACCUCCCCAUUGACGUCAAUCCGGUAUCACAUGAACGAGCGGGGACCAAUCGGCGCGGCGCUGGCGGAGAGCGCUCGCUCCCUGUUCCACCGAGACGGAGGGGGUGGAGACUGAAUAAAGAGGAAGCCGUGCCGCUUGGCCUGUAAUGACCACAAGCCCCCACGGAGGAGACUAGCGCCCCCGCCAUCGGACACUCCGUCCGUGUCCCCUUCCUUCCCGUCGCCUUCCUCGCCGUGGAUUAUUGGGUUCGGCCCCGAGUGGACGGAAGGGAGAAGGCCAUGGUCCCGACCUAUUGAACGGCUCUCUGCUGGCGGUGGUGGUGGAGGCGAGAAGCGCACCGCGGAGACGGUUUAUGGGGCAUUGUGUGGCGAGGAAAAUGGUGGAUUAUUUGACUUGUGUCAUAAAAAGCUUGGAUAUCAUCUCGUGAAAGCCGGACCGUGUCCUCCCUGUGCCAGCCUCGGCCCUGCCCGCGGAAACUCAGGUCGUGUUUUACGGCUGGUAGGUAGGCAGCCCCCCUCCCCCCAAGCUCGAUCCGAACCACCUCAUCCACUUGUAUUUAUUCGUGUACAUGUAGGAUCCUCGGGCCGGUUCGACACGCCCGUCCCCCACGGUUCCGUUUGGAAAACAUUAAAGCCGUGGAUUACCGAGCGAUGGAUUUCACCGGCAGCGGCGGGGCCAACGACCUGCACAACAACCAGUUCUACCCGUGCGAGGAGAACAAGCCUCUGCUGGGGGAGAUGUCGGAGGGGAACAACAACAACACCAAGCUGAGCGCAGGGCCCUGCAAGAGGUCCCUGCACCACUGCAGCAGCGGCGGGAUGCGAUACAAGCUGCUGCACGAAGGAGACAUCCAGGUGUGCGUGGUCAAGCAUCCGCGCACCUUCCUCAGCAAGAUCCUCACCUCCAAGUUCCUGCGGAGGUGGGAGCCGCAUCACCUGACCCUCGCGGACAGCAGCCUCACCUCGGCCACCCCCACCGGAUACAUGGAGACGUCCCUGUCCUACAGCUCCAUAGAGGACCUGCAGCUGCUCUCAUGGGACAACGCUCCCAAGUACUGUGUCCAGCUCAGCUUCCCCGGCGGCACCGUCCUGCUGCAGGCUGCAAACAGCUACCUAAGAGACCAGUGGUUUCACUCCCUGCAGUGGAAGAAAAAGAUCUACAAGUAUCGCAAAGUCCUGAACAACCCGAGUCGCUGGGACGUGGUGCUCAAGGAGAUCAGGGCACUGGUGGACAUGGCUCUGACCUCACCGCUGCAGGACGAGUCCAUCUACCAGGCUCCUCUGCACAUCAUCUCCACCCUGCUGGCUGAGAACUCUAAUCUCAGCACUCAGGAUCAUGAGAACAUCAUUGUGGCCAUUGCUCCUCUUCUGGAAAACAACCACCCACCACCUGAUCUGUGUGAAUUCUUCUGUAAGCACUGUCGAGAGCGCCCACGGUCCAUGGUGGUGAUUGAAGUGUUCACUCCUGUGGUUCAGAGAAUCCUCAAACACAACAUGGAUUUUGGAAAGUGUCCUCGACUGCGUCUCUUCACUCAAGAGUACAUCCUGGCUCUCAACGAGCUGAAUGCAGGGAUGGAGGUCGUCAAGAAGUUUGUCCACAGCAUGCACGGGCCAACAGGGCAAUGCCCUCACCCGCGUGUCCUGCCAAACCUGGUGGCAGUGUGUCUCGCCGCCAUUUACUCCUGUUACGAGGAGUUCAUCAACAGUCGGGACAACUCCCCAAGCCUGAAGGAGAUCCGAAACGGGUGUCAACAGCAGAACGAACGGAAACCCCCGAUGCCACUCCGACUGCUGCGCCCCGAGCCUCCGCCGCCUAACACCAUCGUCAACCCCAGCCCCCCUCAGCCACCUCCCCCCGGACCUCCAAACCCUGCUACGUCCAUUCCCUUCUCCUCCCCCUCCUGCGUCGUCACCUCCAGCGAGAUUCUGGUGGAGCUGGAGCGUAAUAAUAACUCAGCCAACGCCAGGCGGAAGGGCGGGCCGUCGGGGGUGGACAGCGAGCCCAACCUCAUCGACUGCCUGCUGGUCAGCCCGGCCGCCAACACCCUGUCCAUCCAGCUGCCAGCGCAGGCCGACCGCGUCCUGGGCUGCUUCGCUCUCAUCCUCAAGAUGCUGUCGGACUACGAUGACUGGAGACCUGCUCUGGCCAGCCUGCUGCAGCCCAUCCCCUUCCCUAAGGAGGCCCUUGCACAUGCCAAAUUCACAAAGGAACUGAAAUAUGUCAUUCAGAGGUUUGCUGAGGACCCGAGGCAGGAGGUACAUUCCUGCUUACUCAGCGUGCGCUCAGGUAAAGACGGCUGGUUCCAGCUUUACAGUCCGGGGGGUGUGGCCUGUGAUGACGAUGGAGAGCUGUUUGCUAGCAUGGUCCAUAUCUUGAUGGGUUCCUGCUACAAAACCAAGAAGUUCCUGCUGUCGCUGGCUGAAAACAAGCUGGGUCCCUGCAUGCUGCUGGCCCUGCGUGGGAACCAGACGAUGGUGGAGAUCUUGUGUCUGAUGCUGGAGUACAACAUCAUCGAGAACAAAGACACCCAGCUGCAGAUCAUCUCCACUCUGGAGAGCACCCAGGUGGGCCUCCGCAUGUACGAGCAGCUCUGCGACCGACAGAGAGAGCUCAAAGAGCUGCAAAGGAAAGGAGGCCCCACCCGACUGACUCUGCCCUCGAAGUCCACGGAUGCAGACCUGGCCCGUCUGUUGAGUUCAGGUUCUUUUGGGAACUUGGAGAAUCUGAGCUUAGCCUUCACCAACGUCACCAGUGCCUGUGCCGAGCAGCUCAUCAAGCUGCCCUCACUCAAACAGCUCAACCUCUGGUCCACACAGUUUGGUGAUGCAGGGUUACGGUUGUUGUCCGAGCAUCUGGCCUGUCUUCAGGUUUUGAACCUGUGUGAGACUCCGGUCACAGACGCCGGUCUGCUCGCUCUCAGCUCCAUGAAGAGCCUGUGCAGUCUGAAUAUGAACAGCACCAAGCUCACAGCGGACACAUACCAGGACCUCAAGGCCAAACUGCCCAACCUGAAAGACGUUGAUGUUCGGUACACAGAGGCCUGGUGAUCAACCACACGGUCCUCAUACACACACACACACACACACACACGCACACCUCCAUCGUUAGACCACCAUGCAGGAGGCAUCUUCAUCAACUUCAGAAAGGUUUUUCCUUCACGGACCUCGUUGCUACCCUUACAUCCGUCCCCCAUCCGAGGACCUGACGACGCGCAAGGAGCCGUGAUAUUGCUCCUUCUAUCUUUUUCUUGUUGCCCCGUGUUUCACUUUUGGUCUCUGUUUUCAUAUCCAGUCCAGGUCUCCCUCCACUCAUGUUGUGAGUAAACCCCUCACGCCUUGAAGGCUGGACCCAGCAGCUCACAUUCCAGUUCUCCUCCGAUCCGCUCUGCUAUGUAGCCCCCCCAGACCGACCGCGUUGAACCGUCCCUCUGGCGCUCUCUGGCUCCGGUUUUCAGGUCCCGCUUCUGGUCUCUUUGGUUGUGAAAAUGAGGUGCUACCUCCGAGAGGGGAAGAAGAAGAGGAGGAGGAGGAGGAGGAGUUGUGAGACUGCUUAUUCCUGUUAACGCGACACGUUCACACACACAUCAAAGGAAGAAAGUGCAAAACAAUUUUAUCAACUUGAAUGAACAUAUUUUUCCAGACAUCUGUGCUUUUGGGGGACCUCUACAGGAAAGUUGAACAUGGCUUUUCCUUUUUUUAAACGUGUUGUCAGUGCAGCACACUGAUGAUCUCCCAUUUCUAUUUAAUAGAAACGCUGUGUAGCACUAGCUGAGGGGUCUGGGACCGCCUUGUAUUUAUUAUUUGUGUUGUUAAAGCCUCCUUUACUCUUUCUUCUGGAUCCCGACAGAAGUGAAGUACGAGUUUGCAGCGUUUAACAGAAGAAGCCCUUAUGGGAUCCGUAUAAUACACCUAUCACCAGCUUACAGUUGUAUAUUUUCACAUCCUCUUAUCUUUCUCUUUUGGGGGGGGGGGCGCAUGACGGUUAUCAAAAAGGACACCUGCCAAACAUUGUCAUGGGUUUGAGUUUUUGUUUUGUGCACAAUGUGAGGUUGGUGUGAGUGGUGUCUGGGGGACUCUGGCUCCCCCUUCGCCCCCUACAGGGUAGAGUCGCAGUGCCUCUGGUGGAUGACUUGCCUCCUGUUGUCUGUCUGUCACACCACUGGUUUGGAAUUGUUCUGUAUUUAUAAAACAUGGGGGACAUUUCAGGCUGUUGGGAUGAAUCAUUGCCAUCAACAAACGGGACAAAACUUCUGUAUGUGUUGCUUCGAAUUGGGCUAUAAGGGACGACAAAAGGGGGGGGGUGUCACCUUUCGGCCAUAUUUACACAUCUACAUUUCCUCUAAAUGUCUCACGAAGGCCCUGUCAGAACCCCUCGUUCCUUUCGGUCGGGUCGGGUUGGUUACUCCAUUGGUUCCUUUCUGUUUUUUGAGCUUAGCGUCUGGACUUGGUUUGUGUACAGCCGUCUUUGGGUCUCUUUCAAAUCCUGUAGAUACACAAAUGUAAAUAGUUAUCGCCUCUUUGAACCCCCUCGUCUUACCCUAAUCAUCCUUUUCUGUACCUCGCAGCCCGUCACCAUUGGGCGGCUGGCGUUGCCUUCAUCUUCUGUGUGUGUGGUGUUCUGUUUUUUUUUUACACAAAGUGCACUGUAAUCUAACAAAAUGUUUUUCAUAAUAUCUUCUGUGUUUUCCAACGUCUUUGAUUGGAUCUAUUUUAAUCAGACAUUUGUUUCUGGUGUUUAUUUUGCAUGUACAUGUUGCUACGUCACCGGGUGUUUUUAUUUUGUAAUUUUUGUUUUUUAUAAAAAAGAUUUGAAAAUGUAAUAAAAGGGUCUGAUCACUAUCUGACUGGGGUUAAGGACUGAAAUGAAGCGAUCCCGUCUUGUUGCCUGGGACUGGCCCAUGACUGUGGAGGGAUCCUAUUGGUUGAGGCAGUUAUUGCCUGAAGGAUGGACUGAAGCCGCCAUAAGCUGAGCUUUAAUUAUUUAAGUUUUUCUAUUUUGGUCCUAAUUCCUGCCAGAUGAUCAUAUCAGAGGUGGACUUCAUUGACUAAGUGUAAUGAUUAAGUCCAGCUUCUCUGCGGUUUGUUUUAUCCCAAAUGUCUGAAUGUUUGAGGGGAAUUUGACAUGUUUUUUUUGAUGAGCGGUUUGGGAGGAUGUAUUUUUAGCAUGAAAGCAAGCUGUUUCUUUGAAUCACUGAACUCCUCCCACUGAAGGUUCUCAGGGCUCCUCCCUCUUGUCCAUCCGGUUCUAGAGGGAACCGGGUCCGACGUGGCACAGCCAGAAGAUUGAAUAAAAAAACAACUUGAUUACCCACAA